AUGGCUCGCUUCUUAACCGUGUGCUUGGCUAACACCCGCAGGCGCGUGCACAUCUCGGAGCGCACUCUGAGCUUCCUGAACGGAGAGUUCGCCGUGGGACCGGGGGACGGAGGCUCCCGAGAGGAGGCGCUGAGACUCGCAGGCCUCCAGACCUACUUCAUCACCGCGGUCCUCAAGCCGUACCCGGAGGGCACGCUGGACUACGGCAAGCAGCUAGAAGACGGACAGGUGCCCAACGCGGGCGGCGCAGGCGCCGAGGCAUCAUCAAGUGACGAAAAGGAGUACCGGCGUCGCUUGCACAAGGAGCUGCUCGAGAGAGACACCGAAAAGGAGCUACGUGACCACGCCCACCCGGUGAGUCUGUCCUUCCGCGACUCGGAGCUGGAGCGCCAGUUCGCCGGCACCAGCGACAGCUGCAGUUGCGUCUCGCUCGCCGCCUGGCCCCUGGUGGCGCUGGCAUCGGCCGCCGCUUACCCGCUGACGUCGUCGGGUCCCGCGUGCGGUGCCUACCUCGCCGGACUAGUGGCGCUGUGUGCGUUGCUCGCACUCUGCGUGCUGCCCUUCUUCGCAAAG